CAUGUUUGGGGCAAAGGAUGCAACGCCAGCAUGUAGCUAGGGCCUCUCUCGUGUAACCCAGCCCGCUUCGGAGUCCGGCAAAACGAACUGUCUGUCUCCUCGCGAAUGCCCGCAUAGUUCGGCUCAGGCUUACAUACCCCACCCCGUUGCCCUCGACUUAUAUAUGCCAGGUGCACACGUAUCAAAUAGACGUCAAAAUCGCCAUGGCAUCAUCCUCCACGACGACGACGCGGCCUCCUACCGAGAACCAGCUCUCUUCAAACCCGGGAGUCCGAGUCCAAGUUACAACCCAUAAUGAUGAGGGGAAGGCGGUGGUGAAGUCGACCACACCGGUCAAGUGGGUCCGGUAUGACGAUGAUAAGCUUGUCAUGUCGGUGCUCUAUACCACCCAGUUCCCACCCGACCUCAAUGACGAGGCCGACAUCAAGCUCCACGAAGCCCGCAUAGCCAAGGGGCCGGAGGCCACAGGCCUGGCGCUCAAGGGCGGCACCGUACUGAGAUAUGUCGAAUUUUCUCCCGGGUACACCUGUAUGAUGCAUAGGACACAAAGCCUAGACGCAGGAAUUGUGAUGGAGGGCUCCAUCAUCGCAGUACUGGACAGUGGCGAGGAGCACCUCAUGAGUAAGGGCGACAUCAUGGUCCAACGUGCCACGAUGCACGCGUGGAAGAAUCCGAGCGACACAGAGUGGGCGCGAAUGCUGUUUUGCUUACAGGAUUGCAAGCCUUUAUUCAUAGGGGAGGAGAGAAUGAAGGAGGCCGGAGUGGGUGAUGAUCUCCCGCCGUCUGGCAACGAUGACUAGGUAGUAUGGCGUCUUCCAACUACGUAGAUAAUGGUGAAAGCACAAGGCACUUGGGAAAACAAGUCUUGUGCUCUCGACAUGGCCGUCACACUUCAAAGGCAGGCAAGGGGACAAAUGUGACCAAAAUCUCACGCAAAUGGU